GUGUGGAGUAACGGCUGGAAUGAUGGAAUGGAGGGAGAGGGGAGCGGAGCAGAGUGGUGCAGGAGAGGGCUGGACAAUUGGGGUCACCAGACACUGUUGUCACCGUGUACAUCAGUCUCCUUCCAUCCCGCAGAGCUGCUGGAUUAUUUCCCCACUACACCCACUGUCUGUCCACACUUUAUUACAGAUCCACACUCCGUACCAACUGGGGAACCCCAGGAAACAACAGCCCAACCCCAGGAGGAUUUGUCCACCUUCCCAGAACCAGGUACAAGCUCAGAUCCACCAUCGGACACGAGUCAGGAUCCCCAGGAGGCAACGACUGAAGGUUCUGGUCAGGGUUUGACCAGUGACCCAGCAGGGUCUGCAAGCUCAGAUCCACACUCCGUACCAACUGGGGAACCCCAGGAAACAACAGCCCAACCCCAGGAGGAUUUGUCCACUGUUCCAGAACUAGACACAAGCUCAGAUCCACCAUCGGACACGAGUCAGGAUCCCCAGGAGGCAACGACUGAAGGCUCUGGUCAGGGUUUGACCAGUGACCCAGCAGGGUCUGCAAGCUCAGAUCACCAGAUGUCCACAGGGAAACAGACCCAGGAAUCAUCGACUGGAGAAUCCACCCAGGAACCAUCUUCUGUCCCAGUGGGAGACACAUCCUCAGAUCCACCAUCCGACACGAGUCAGGAUCCCCAGGAGGCAACGACUGAAGGCUCUGGUCAGGGUUUGACCAGUGACCCAGCAGGGUCUGCAAGCUCAGAUCACCAGAUGUCCACAGGGAAACAGACCCAGGAAUCAUCGACUGGAGAAUCCACCCAGGAACCAUCUUCUGUCCCAGUGGGAGACACAUCCUCAGAUCCACACUCCGUACCAACUGGGGAAUCCCAGGAAACAACAGCCCAACCCCAGGAGGAUUUGUCCAAGGUCCCAGAACCAGAUACAAGCUCAGAUGCACCGUUGGGCACAACUCAGGAACCCCAGGGAGCAACGAGUGGAGACUCUGGUCAGGGUUCGACCAGUGACCCAGCAGGGUCUGCAAGCUCAGGGCCCGAGGGUGCUGGACCUGAGGCACACAAAACGUCAACAACCAGAGAGCCCAGCGGGACACCGUCCACUGCCCCAAAGGAAGAGACAUGUUCAGCCCACUGGCUGCUGACGGAGGAGGAGUGCGAGAGGUUGAUCAGCGAGGCACAAGUGCUGUUCAUUGGGGACCAGGGAUCGCCCGAGGACAUGAAGGCCCAUCUCCAGGAGUUACGUGAGAUACUGAGGAAGCAGCUCUCCUGUAAAUAAGUCAAGCCCAAGGAUUAACAGACCG